UUCUGAUCUAGAUUAGAUCUAGACAUUGCUUCAUCUGCUGAAGUGCCUUGUGCAUUGAGCGCCAUUAAACAAGCCAAGAUCUUGCAAAUAAAGAACCAACUGUUCCUCCACAUCUUUGUUUUCCUUGCUCAACGAUGGACAUCUUGAAGAAAAAAAUGGAAUAUUUGUUUUAGCCGUGUUCGUAGGAGGAUGCCUGUGAAGCAAUCGCACACAGGAAAGAAAGGAGGGUGAGAGAGAGAGCGAAAGAGAGGGAGAGAGGUGGGAGAGAUGAGAGAGGCAAGUCUAAUAGCCAAGCAGCUUUUUCUUUUUCUCUCGCCAGAUCUCUUUAAGCCACACCAAAAACCAGGCCACUGAGUUGAGUUGGAGCUUUUGACCACCUCAAUCAAAGUUGAUAUUUUGGCAUGCCUUUGAUGGCGGCCAUGAAUGAAACGCAGAUGGUGGAAGAACUUGUGAGCAGCUCUUGGCGGGCAGAGGCGGUCCGAGGAAUCCAGAUGACUGCCACCGUGCUCAUUUUUCUGGUGGGCGUACCUUUGAACAUGCUGGUAGUUUGGGCGCUUAGCCAGAGUCGACGUUAUCUCAUACGCAGAGGCAGCAGGGGAGAGACUCGGUCCGCCAGCAGUUUUCGAAUCUACGUGCUCAACCUGGCGCUGGCGGACCUGGUGCUGAUCCUGAGGACCCCCCUCAUGUUGGGAUACCUGGCCCACAAUAACAGCUGGCCCUUCGGCUCGGCUUUAUGCCGCCUGGUCAUGUUCCUUCGAGGUUUGGGUUUGUACGUGUCGGCCUUUCUGGUGUGCGCCGUGGCGGUGGAGCGAUGCCUGUGUCUGCUCAGGCCCGUUUGGGCUCGGCUGCAGCGCCCCGCCUGGGCCGUUCCGUUGGCUUGUGGACUAUCCUGGCUGCUGGCCACCGUCCUGUCCGCCCCUUACCUGCACAGCGCCGUUCUGAAAGAAAGCAACGGCACGUACCAGUGUCUGGAAAGCGGCACCUACGACACGGGGUUGGUCGUCACGGAAACGGUUGCAGGUUUCAUCCUGCCCCUCUUGGUGUUUUUAGGAAGCAAUUUGGCCAUUUUGCUAAAGAUCCAGCAAUCGGUGCCCAUUAGUCCCACGUCCUCCUCCCCGACGGCUUCACGCAAAAUGGCCAGGAUGUAUCAGGUGCUCUUUUUCACCAUGCUGCUCUUUCUCAUCUGCUGGGUGCCCUACUUUGUGUGCCGAUUCUUACGGGCCUUGGCUCAAGGACAACCCGAUAGAGCCGAGCUUUAUAAAAAGGCAUCUUACGGAACGUACAUCUCUCUGUACCUGGUGUACGCCAAGAGUGCCCUCAACCCCGUCCUCUACGUUUUCGCCGCCCGAGGCCUCGGCCGCGCCGUCCGAGCUUCGGUCGUCUCCACCGUUGAACGGCUCUUCAACGAUGACUCCUUCGAGUCCAUUCGCAAGAGAUCACUGAAGACGUCCCACAUUUAGCGAACUGACAUUGGUUGAAAACUUCCGGAGGGGACUGAGGCAUAGUUCAGUGAGAGCAACAAUCUGCAGACAAAUGAAUGAAUGAAUUUUAUUCGAAUGAAUGAACGAAUGAACGAACGAACGAACGAACGAACGAACGAACGAAUGCACUACUACCGUUUUUUUCCGUGUAUAGUGCGCAAAAUUUUACGAAUUUAUUGUCCUAAAAUCCGGGGUGCGCAUUAUACAUGGGUACAAAAAAGAAAUAAAAAAAA